CUGGCGUGGUCCCUUCUCGCCCGCGUCCAUUUGUCUGUCAUAGCUUUGACUUUUGAAUCCUGUCCGAAUUUCUGCCGUCACCGACGACAAGUCAGCCCGCAAUCUCCAAUACUCAACGACCCAAUUUAACAAAUUUGUUGAUUGACGCUUGCACAAUGAUCAAUAUCGAGGUUGAAGCUAAAAGCGAGGCCGAGUCGACCGUUACAGAAGUAUGGAAGCCCAACAGGAAGGAGCUUCUCAUUAUGGUCAGCCUCAGCUUCAUAUCAAUGAUGGUGGCGCUCGAUGCCACCAUCCUGGUCACUGUUCUGCCACAUAUCGCACAGAAGCUCAACGGAACUUCCGUGGAAGCAUUCUGGACGGGCACAUCAUACCUCCUUACCUCAGCCAUUUUUCAGCCAGUCAUUGCUUCAUUCUCUGCUCUCUUUGGUCGACAACAGCUUCUAUUUGUGUCCAUUAUCUUCUUCACCGUUGGUACCAUACUCUGCUCGACCGCGAAAGACUUUGCCACGAUUCUCACAGGGCGCUGCAUACAGGGUGUGGGUGGCGGGGGUAUGAUCACACUUACCCAAGUCAUCUACUGCGACAUGAUACCUUUAAGACAGCGCCCAAAGUACUUCUCCAUGAUUAUCGGGGCCUGGUCAAUUGGUUGUAUAAGUGGUCCAGUUAUUGGCGGUGCAUUCGUGGGACACGCCUCCUGGCGAUGGUGUUUCCAUAUCAACUACCCUUUCUGCGCUCUCGGCUUCCUCGUUGCGACCUUGUUCGUCCGCUUCAAGGCCGUCGAAAAACUCACACUAGCUCAAAAGCUGAAGCGGGUGGAUUGGAUAGGCUGUUUUCUCUUCAUAGGGAGUAUGACCAGCUUCCUGGUUGGGCUGUCUUGGGGCGGUAUCCAAUACCCCUGGAAGUCAGCGGCAACAUUAGUACCCAUCAUCCUAGGAUUUCUCGGCAUUGUCGUCUUCGGAGGUUGGCAAAUGUACGCAAAAGAGCACACUCUGCUACCGAUGUCGGUCUUCUACAACUGGAGUUCGAUUGCAGCUUUCUAUUCAGCUUUCGUCAACGGAGUUAUUCUCUUCACUGGUUUGUACUACUACCCAUUCUAUGAAAUGAGUGUUCGCGGUUCUUCCUCGACGGGUGCAGGCGUCGCUUUCUUACCCGCUCUAUGCUUUAUGGUACCCGGUUCAGUAGUCGUUUCGGUUCUGACGACACGGCUUGGACGUUUCCGAUGGGCGAUCUGGGGCGGUUGGGCAGUCACCACGGUGGGAUGUGGUCUGAUGAUUCUCUUCGACCUCCAUACUAAGAAGGUUGUCCUCGUGGUCGCACUUGCUAUCAUUGGCUAUGGAGCUGGCACGGUGUUGACAAGUGUCAAUGUCGGGGUACAGGCCAUCUCGAAGAUUGAAAACAGCGCGAUGUCAGCUAGCAUGUACGGGUUCUUUCGCAGUUUGGGAAUGCCCCUUGGCGUUACUCUAGCAGGAACACUCUUCCAAAACUCGAUGUCAGGCAGACUUUUACACUUUGGCCUACCUACUACCAUUGCGCAUGACUCGGAACGCUAUGUCUUUAUCCUUCGAACCAUGGCCAGCUCACCGGAGAAGUCUGCAAUCUUGGAGUCCUACGUGAAGGGCUUCGAGUCUGUCUUCAUCAUGAUGACGGCAAUCUCUGCGAGCGCAUUGAUUGUCAGCUUCGCGAUUAGGAAGUUCAGUAUGGACAAGAUUCUCUUGGCACAGUUUACUGCGAGGUGA